AUGGACUCUGCUAGAUGGCCGCGAGAGGGUAUCGACUGGGCCGUGUAUGCCUACCAUCUACUAGCUCCCAGAGUCAACGUUAAAGGACGCAUGGCUCUCCUUAUGCUUGUUGCGGUCAUUUGGGCCUUUGGCUGGUAUAUUGAUCCUUCAUUCUCCUCCUGGUCUGACCCCGUCCCUCGCGAGUCAUUGCUAACAUCCCUUCGCAGGCUCCUGUGGCGAGCCUACUCAGUCAUCCAGACCCCCAAUGAUAUCCUAGUAGAGAAGCUUGGUCUUGACAUCCCCCCAUCUCCUCUCCUCAUCCUCGAAGAGAUUUCCUCACGUGAGGUUCAGCUCACUUGGAAACAUGCCGAACCCUCUUCUUCCGUCUCAGAACAUCAUGUCGAGGUCAAUGGUCGGGUGGUUGGCUCUACACGCAAGACCGAGACCGGCGCAGUCAUAUCCAAUUUGAACCCCGGAACCAAGUAUGAAAUCCGCAUCUUCUGUGUCAGCAAUGGCAACUUCCAAACUCCAAGCGCAGCUCUACGCAUCCGGACUCCGCAUGAUCCCUCCGCCUCGUCACAAGAUGGUUCUUCUGAGUCUGCUCCCACUGUCCGAGCCCUCUCCGUCCGAAACCCCUUGAUCAGUGUACCUGCCUCUGCUCCAGCUAUGACCCGCGAACUUAGUGGUGGUCAGCCGCUCGGAAGAAGAGGAACCACUGGUCGGAGACCUUCUCCUGCCAAUCACAUCAAUGAUUCCCAACAGGCUCAAGACUCGGCCGCAAGGGUUGUAGAAGACGAGGUGGACGGUGAUCUCGCAGAAUUGUCUCAAACCUUCCAGAGGAUUCAGCAAGAAACCGAGGCCAUCGACGCUCAGACACAAGAGGAAGAGAUUGAAUAUCAGACUCAAAUGAAGGAACUGGAAGCACGGCGGGAUGAUCUGAAGCACCAACUCAAAGAGCGCGACGAAGUUAGCAAUGACUUGCGAAAGCAGGUUCACAAGGCGGAAAUUGCAAACCGGACGGCUCACAACGAGAGAAUCAAGAAAGAGCGCAUUUUGGCGCAGAAGGAAAAUGAACGGAGAAAAAGGAAGGACGAAAUCGCUAAAUGGAAGGACCAGAUCGCUACCAUGAAGGAAGAGAUGGCCGGCAUUGAGACACAAAAGUCGGCCAUUGAGCGUAGAACACAGACCGAAGUGAGGGAAAUUCGCAAGAAGAUCGAAGAAGAACAGAGAGAAGUGGCCAUGCUCGAAGAGGACAACAAGGAGAAGGCUCGCGCCAUCAAAGCCUUGGAGGAGGAGCGGCAGCAGCUCAAUGUCGAGGACGAGACUGACGAAUCUAGAGAAGCCGACCGACUUCAAGCUGAGCGCAAUGCGAGAUGGCGAAUUCGCUUUGAAGCACUACAACAGCAGUAUGCGAGACUGUGGAAUGAUUUACAGCUUGCAAACCAGCAGGUCAACUACACCCGCGAGCAAAUCACUGCUAUGGAGAAUCGAAGGGCCAACAAUUGGGGGUUUGCGCCCAUGGCUCCUUUAGAUAUGGAUGCUGUUCGUCGUGGCGUCCGACCCCUGCGCCGAGCACGACAUACCGGCUCUCAUGGCAGCAGCAUCUCUUCACCCCGUGGCCCCUUCGUUGGACCUGAACCAUUCCAAGCUGCACCGCAAUACACUUCUGCACCAAAUGCGUCUCCUACCAUCAUCGGGCCCAGUUAUUUCAACCCUCAAAACGGCAUGACUUUGGUGCUUCCGCAAGACAUAUCUACCUCUCCUGGCGAUGAUAUCGAGGCUAUUAGCUCGAUUCCCAUGAGCCCAAGAGCCGAUUCUUUGUUGCCGGCUGAUCUGCUUGGCGACGAGUCCGCAGAUGAACUCCCUGAGACCGAGACCCGAAAUCUACCGCCUACCAACGACGAGAGUGCUAAAGUCGGAUCCCCAGCAUUGCAAGAGAGCACUCGACAUGUGGAGACACCAUCUGCAGGAUCGUCCUCAAGCCGUUCUUUCUCAAGCCCACUGCAAACUUCGGCUCCUGGUGGAGAGGUGGAUGAGAAAUCCUCGAGCUCGGAAGAGAAGGAGGAAGACAUGGUGUCUCAGCAGCCACCAAAGCCCAAGUAUUCCAUGUCUUCCAUGUUUGGCCUGAACCGUCAGCGUGGGAAGACUCUUGCUGAUCAGCCACCCCUUCUGGGGUCCCUCAAACCUGGCCAAAGCCAGUCCUUUCCUCGCAACAUGGAUGAGUUCGAUCCCGCUACACAGCCUAGAAGGCGUCUGAGCUAUGGAGGAAACUGGGCAUUUCCUGGGGCAUUGUUGAAGUCUAAUGGUGGGGCGGAUGAGAAAGACCAAGAAAACUCACGACUUCCCACAAGUCGACGACCGUUCCUCUUCCCAGGAUUUGGCAAGUCAUCAGCGGCUUCGUCCAGCUAUGAUCCGUUUGCUGCAAGGUCUAGUUCUUUUGACCCUGGUCUACGCGGCGAUACCUCUUCUCCUCGACCGUCCUCUACCUACUCCUUUGACAAGAUGCCUCGACCAUCCAUGGAGAGCCAGUUCCUGGCCUGGGCCAACGAAAAACCGCCAAUUCGCAAUAGCCCACUCGCUCCAGACUGGGGUUCGUUGCAUUCCUUUUCUCGUAGCCAUUCUCGUCGGCCAUCCAUUGUGUACGGGUCGACAAGCAACCUUUCCUUGCCUCACCCCGAUGAGGAGGUGGUCGAAGAUCGAAAGCCAUCUCGGCCUCUUCAAGCACCGAUCGGUACACGUCCGGCAUCCGCUCAACAGAAUGUCACUCCAAGGUUGAAUCCAGCCGCUCCUUCGUUUACAAUGUUCUUCAGCAAGAAAAAUGAGAAGCUCAGGGAGAAGGAAAAGGCCAGAGCCAAAGAUUCCAAAGAGAGGGUUGGCGAGUUGGAGACCAAUUCCCCUCCUGAAUCGAGAAAAUCAAAGGACACCAACUCUAUCGCAGCGACAAUUUCCACGAUUGAAUCCGAGCCACUGGACCGGACGAUGUCAGCAACCAGCGCACAGAUCUCGGUGGAAAGCACACCUGUCAAGCCCACUUUCAUCUCUAAAAUCACCCGGAAAGCCAGUUCUAAUAAAUUUGGAUCGUGGAAGGACAAAGGAGGAGGUCUUUUUUCUCGAAAAGAUGCCACGACACCGAACGGUGAGAACGAGGAGGAACAGGGAUCCAGUGAACAUCUUGGCAAGAGCAUGGAAAGUCUUGCCACCACCCCUGGGACCGAUGACAGGAAAUCUAGCCGUUCGGGCUUGAGUAACUGGAAUUUCAUGCGCAAGAGUAAAAAGGGACUAAAGGAGGAUUUGACCACGAGUGAAAUUAGUGAGAGCAGUGAACGGGCCAGCGAAUUUGGCGAUGACAGGGGUGAAGAUGAUCGAUGA